AUGCGAGGUAACAUGGCAAAAGUUAUGGGAUCACUAGAAGGACAUAUCCUGCCAGGAGCCAUGUUCAUGAUGAGUUCCAUAUGGGCCCUUGGGAACAAUCUCGUGAGAUGGCAUCGAAGACGGCUGAAUCCUUCCUUGCCUCCUUACCGAACUGCUUUCCGAUUCCCAGUGCGUGGAAGACAAGGGGUGGACGCUGGCUUCAUCUGCCUCUUACUUGUUGUCGGAAUCAUAGGGGAAGCCAUAUAUGCAAUUGACAAGACUUGGAGUUGGGCGUCUCUGGGAAACGCUCAGCAUAUAUGCAUGUACUCUACCUUCUUCCUCUUUUAUUUCACCGGAGUGUUGAUUGAUAAGGGGUAUCCCAUUCCACCGUAUGCUGAUGAUGCCUUCCUGAUACUUGCACUGACUGUGGAACGGCUCUUGUUCAUCAACCACCUCCAUGGCCGUCCUUCACUGGAUUUCCUAGUGAGACAGAGACUGCUUUCGAAGGAGUCGCUGGAUGAGAAGUCUGGCGCCAUCUUGAGAGAGACAUUCCCUUGAAAUACAGUUGAUUCAACUUCAGAAAUUGUGAUGGUCGAAAAUGUACAGUUACAUUAAAACAUGAAGGGUUAGGUAUGGACAUUGUAAUCAAAAGAAUGACAUGAGGAUUAACUGGUCCUUCCACAAAAAAAUAAAUAAAAAACAGGAUUUGGAAUCUCCCAGC